AGGGAGGGGUGGGGGGCUGAAUUGUGGACGCGCCUGACAAAUCCCGAUGGAGAGAGAGAGAGAGGAAGAGAGAGAGAGCAGCAUGAACGCGCAUCUCUGUCCUCCGCUCGUGAAGCGACUGCAGGGGAGCCAGAUGCCCGACUGUGAGCCGCUGCCUAGGGAUACCUAUACCAAAUGCCAAAGCAGGAGAGAACCACAGACACAUUUCAGCCUCUGGCAGAAGACGGAGUAAUAUUUUUUUCCCAUGUCCUCCUUCACCGCCUCCUCGCUCUCUCCUUGUGUCUCUGCGUCCAUCUGUGCUUCAGAUGAGGAGCUUCCUUGGACUUGGAGUGCCGGGCAUCAGUAGAGAAAAAGCCCGUUAUCUCACUCCGCUUCUGCUGCUGCUGCGGCGGCGCUGCUGUCCGUGAGCGCGUCCUCUCUACUUUGGAAUAUACACUGUGCCUCCAGAAAUGCGCAAAACCAUGGAGAUUAUAUGACGUGGAUCCCCCCCAAACAAAACUGGUCAUUUAUAAUUACGACUGUUUCUGUUUUUUUGAGGGUAUUUUUCCGUUGACUUUUCUUUUUUUUUUUUUGCCUUCUUUUCCUUUUUAUUCUUUAAUCAUUGCUACUUUAUGGUUUCGCGUUCUUGUCGAUUACUUAUUGUUUUUUUGUUUUUUUUCUAUCUCUUCAUUUUCGGCACUUUUUCCAUUUACUGUUCCAUUCUGGAGGAAGAAGUGGGAUGCAUCGCACAGAACAUUUGUGGGAAGAAGACUCACCGGCAAUGAUAAAUGAAUGAUGUUCUCCCUCUCCAUCUGAGACGUGCCAUGGAUGGGAAACUUAAUUUGUUCCACGAAACCGAUCGGGGAAUAGCCGUCGCAUCAAAUAACUAGGCUACUGCUGACAGCGAUAAGGACGAAUGUCAUAGGAUGAACACUGCUGGUGGGGUGUGUCUGCCUGUGCUGUCCUCUAUCCUGGCUGUUGCUGGGACUCUGGCUGCUGUGUCUGCCUUCACUCUCGCUCCUCUCUCUGCCCUGGCCGGGGCUGCCUAUGGGGUUGCCAAUGGCAUCCCCAGCACUGGGGCAGAGAGGGCCCCCUCACCCAUCUCUACACCAUGCUCCAGUCUUGUAGCUGGGGUCCUCUAUGGAUCUUUCUCCCUAAGGGAGCUUUUCCCCUCCAGGGCUCCGGGCUGCUCCUGGUCCCUGGAAAACCCCGACCCCACCAAGUAUUCCCUCUACCUCCGCUUCAACCGCCACCCUGUUAUCUGUCGGACACAUUCCCCCAUGCUCCUUUCCCUCGAUCACCAUCUCGCAAAUCAAAGCUGUCCCCUUGAUUUACAGUCAUCGACUGCCAAUAACCAGGACGUCAUCGAUCUCUGCGGCAGCCAGACCAACUCAGAAGGACCGUAUUCGUUUCUGCAGUUUGAUAAAAACUUUGUCCAGUUGUGUCUCACCAGACAUCCGGCCGUCGACGAGCUUCAGGUAACCAAGGAUUUAUUGGAGCAGAGACUAGUGGAAGUGUUGCUCAUCAAUAACGAGAACUCCAGUCAGUUCACCUGCGGCGUGCUGUGUCGCUGGUUCGAGGAGUGUUUACGCACAGGGCACAAUGGAGAGCAGGAGGUUUCUGAUGCGGAUGGCUGCGGAAUGACCCAGACAGGAUGUAUCUGUCCGAAUCACAACAUCAUGGCGCCACCUGUUCCUCUCCUCCCAGAGACACCCCACAGUUUCAGCAAUGGCUCUCUGGCUCCUGAUGACUGCUGUGUUACUGAGCUGCAUUCCAAUGAUGCAAUCGCAAUAGCGCCGAGAGAUGUCCGACAAGAAUCAUAUGACGAUGACCUAAAGGUGAAGACCCAAAGACCACGAUCAGCUGACCAGCCAGGUGUGUUUCAGGCACAAACAGGUGACCCUGCAGCUGAGGAGUGGUCCCAAUGGAGCGUUUGUUCGCUGACCUGCGGCCAAGGCUGGCAAGUGAGGACUCGAUCUUGCGUCUCGUCACCGUAUGGGACUCUGUGCAGCGGAGCCCUAAGGGAAACGCGCAUGUGCAACAACACUGCUGCCUGUCCAGGUGAUCCUGGGAUCAUCAGCUCAGUGCAUGGGCUUUGGGAUGAGUGGUCGUCAUGGAGUCUGUGCUCCGUGACCUGUGGGAGAGGCUCCAGGACACGAACCAGGAAGUGUGUAAAUGGAGGCGGGGCUCUGGCCUGCAGACGGCCCGAGGUCCAGACCAAACUCUGCAACAUAGCAGUGUGUCCUGUGGAGGGCAGGUGGUCGGAGUGGGGGCUGUGGUCCAAGUGCAGCGUCACCUGUGAUGUAGGAACUCAGCAGAGGCAGAGGCGCUGCGGCGCGUCCGUGCACGGCUGGGCCGAGUGUAAGGGGCCCCAUCAGGAGAGCAGGGAGUGCACCAACCCUUCAUGUAGUGGUGGAGGUAAUUGGGCCAGCUGGAACCACUGGAGUCUCUGUAGCAAGACAUGUGACUCCGGCUUACAACGUCGCUUCAGGACAUGUGAGGACACCGGUGCAGAGGGCCUCCCUUGUGAUGGCUCAGGGGAGGAAGUCCGCUCCUGUAAUGAGAAGAAGUGCCCAGCUCCGCAUGAGAUAUGCAAAGAGGAGCACCUGCUUUCGAUGUCGUGGAAGAGAGCCUCAGCCGGGGAAACUGUCUACAACAAGUGUCCAACUAAUGCCACUGGGUCUGCUAGUCGUCGUUGCAUGCUGGACAAUAACGGAGUUGCUUUCUGGGGUCCUCCGAGCUUCGCCAGAUGCGUCUCACUUGAAUAUAGAUAUUUACAUAUAUCUUUACGAGAGCAUCUCGCGAAGGGUCAGAGGACCCUGGCCGGGGAGGGCAUGUCUCAGAUCGUACGGAGUCUCCUGGAACUGUUGCAGAGGAGGAGCUACUACAGUGGCGACCUUCUCUUUUCCACGGAGAUCCUGCGAAAUGUGACGGACACCUUCAAAAGAGCAACCUUCAUCCCAGCUCCCGACGACGUGCAGAAAUUUUUCCAGAUAGUCAGUCUCAUGUUGGACAUAGAGAAUCUGGAGAAAUGGGAGGAUGCACAUCAGGUCGCUCCCGGUGCUUCCUUGCUGAUGAGGAUUUUAGAGGAUUUUAUUCACCUCAUUGGAGAAGCCCAGAAGCCUUUUCAGAGUUUUCUCGUGGUCACAAACAACCUCAUGAUAACAAUUCAGCGAGAGCCAGUGUCAGCAGUUUCCAGCGAUAUCAACUUUCCCAUGAAGGGUCGGAGAGGUAUGAAGGACUGGGCCAGGACAGCGGAGGACAAGCUGUACAUUCCUAAAGAGGUCUUCACCAUACCAACAGAAGAGAUAGAGGCCGACUCUGAGUCUACCCUGUACUAUGUCAUCGGAGCCAUCUUGUACCGCACGUUGGGCGUCAUCUUACCUGCACCACAUCCACCUGCUGUGAUCAACUCUAAGAUACUGACGGUGACAGUGCGACCAGAACCCAAACCCAGUGAGCCCCUGGUGGUGGUGGAGCUGUCACCGCUGUUGAAUGGUACAUCAGAUCCUCAGUGCGUGGUCUGGGACUAUGGCAACCCGGAAGCUGGCGGAGAAAACUGGGGCACAGAAGGCUGCCAAACGCUUACGUCGACCACUGUCCACAUCAAAUGCCUGUGCAGCAGGAUAUCCACCUACGCCGUUUUAGCACAGCAAGCUAAAGACCCGGACAUGGGUCCCACCAGCAUUCCCUCUGUCCCCCUCAUGGUGGGGUGUGGAGUUUCCUGUACUGCCCUGCUCAUCCUGCUGCUAAUCUAUGCUGCCUUCUGGAGGUAUAUCCGCUCGGAGCGAUCCAUCAUCCUGGUGAAUUUUUGUCUCUCCAUCCUGGCCUCCAAUCUGUUGAUUUUGGUGGGACAAUCUCAAACUCUGAGCAAGGGCCUCUGCACCGUGACUGCUGCUUUCCUGCAUUUCUUCUUCUUGGCGUCCUUCUGCUGGGUGCUGACGGAAGCGUGGCAGUCCUACCUGGCCGUCAUCGGCAAAAUUAGGCCGCGGCUCAUUCGCAAGCGUUUCCUGUGCCUCGGUUGGGGGCUCCCAGCUCUUGUCGUAGCAGUGUCAGUGGGUUUCACCAGAGCCAGAGGUUACGGAACAGCCAGCUACUGCUGGUUGUCCUUGGAGGGCGGUUUGCUGUACGCCUUCGUUGGACCUGCUGCAGUCAUUGUUUUGGUGAAUAUGCUCAUUGGAAUCGUUGUGUUUAACAAGCUCAUGUCUCGAGACGGCAUCUCAGACAAGUCUAAGAAGCAGCGAGCUGGGGCCUCUCUGUGGAGCUCUUGUGUGGUUCUCCCUUUGCUAGCAUUAACCUGGAUGUCAGCAGUGUUGGCCAUAACUGACCGGCGCUCCACACUCUUCCAGGUCCUUUUUGCUGUCUUUGACUCCGUCCAAGGUUUUGUCAUCAUCACUGUCCACUGCGCCAUGCGCCGAGAGGUGCAGGAUGCGGUGCGUUGUCGCAUGGGGGGAUGCAAAGACGACAGCGAAAACUCGCCAGACUCCUGCAAGAAUGGACAGGUGCAGAUUAUGAAAUGUUCAAACCUUGGCUUCAGUGGGCCGCAGCGUGGGCCUCUGCAUUACGGCACCACCCCGUGCAUGUCUGUGUGCCACACGCUGCCUCUCGCCCCACCGUGCCAACAAGUGUGUCAGCCAGGCUGUUACCUCAGCCUCCCACGUGGACACAACAACCCUGGGCUAGACCACAUCCACGCCCUCAGCCAUCCUCAUGAGCACAACCCCAUCCUGAACACUUUUCCGAAUCAUGCUCAUAACCAUGACAUCAACCACACCGACAGCCAACCAACGGAUUUUGAGAAGGAUGUGGACUUGGCAUGUCAAACAGAGAGAGGACACCCAUUCAUUUUCAAGGAGGUCAACACCUGUAACCCCGCCACCAUUACUGGGACCCUUUCCCGUAUCUCUCUGGAUGAUGAGGAAGAUCCCAAGCUGGCAGCCCAUCAGGAAGGGGGAGUCGGAGUUAAUUUCAGCGCCCUCCCUGGAAACAUUCCCCCGCCCAAUCUUAUUGUACAGGUUCCACCACUAGGAGGCCUGAAUGAGCUGAGUGAGACACCCCUAAAGAAGGAAGUGAAUGUGGAUCAGCAGAGACAGCAGGGGCAGCAGCACAGCGGCGGUCCAAUCUAUCUGUGCACAGAGAGUGGCCUUGGCUGGGCACGGCCGCCGGCUUCUUCCAACAAUUCCCAGGAUGGUAGUGCUGGGAGCGGAGGAAGUGGGGGAGGUGGCAGCGUUGGAGGGGAAGGGGAUUACAUGGUCUUACCUCGCAGGACGGUUAGUCUCAAACACCCGGGGUCCACCUUGCAAGGAGGUCUGGAUCUAGGGAGUGAGGAGAAGCCUCUCAACAUCACGGUGGAAGAUCCUCCUUUCCCCCCGCCUCCCUCGCCCCUGACUCUCCAUCCAGCUGAGAGCGAAGCCUACCCGGUGGAUUUUGUGCCAUCUAGUGUGGGCGACAUGAACAUCGCCAUGAACCUUAACCGCUCCUAUGGGACGAUCAAAACCAUGCAGCACGGGCAUGGCCACAUGAUGCCUCAGGGUGGUCUUGUACACUCCCAUGGAGGACACAUGCACUCCCACGGUCACUCUCUCCAGAUUAAGCCAAGCCAGAGGCCGUCAGUCAGACAAAUACUGACGGGCGGAAGUGCAGUGGAGAGAACCAGAACCCUGCCACGGAACCUGGGCAGCACCAACGGCAACACCAGCCACUCGGCAGGAUCUCUGGAGAGGAAAAGAGUACGGUACUCUGAGCUGGACUUUGAGAAAGUGAUGCACACUCGCAAAAGACAUUCUGAGCUGUACCAUGAGCUCAACCACUCGUCCAAGUUCCACACCAUAGACAGGUAUAACAGGGACGCAACCGGCAAGGACAAGCCAACUCCAGAGGACCAGACCUCUUGGGACAGCUUCAAGAACAUGACCCCCGAGUUGUCCAUCGUGCCUGGGGAGCAGAAAGACCGGAUGGAGCUGCACAAUAAGAACUGGGACUCCUCCUCUGCUAACACGCCCGAAUCCUCUGAAGGAGAUUUCCAGACUGAAGUGUGAGGACAGGCAGAUGUGCUGCACACACUCUCUUGAACACACACACUCUGAUCCUCAGACACAGUACAGAUGCUGACUCCCUGAAAUCUAUACAUAAGUCAUUAUUUUUUGCCAAGACCUCUCACACACACACACACACACACACACAGACACACACACUGCUCCCCGUCUCCUGCGAUGUGCUCUGUCGGAUUCCAAACUGUAUUUGUUUACUUUUGCAAUGGAAAGACAUGGAAAAGAGGACCGUUCUCUAUAUUUUCACAAAGACUACGGGAAAAAGAAAGAACAGGGAACUCGACGUGUCUGCAAUCGAAGACGAUUUUUAAAUGAACUCGAAAAAACCUGUGGAGAAAUUAUUUCUGCGAAAAAAUGUCUUGAUUUUAUUCUAGAGAUAAAAAAAGAAAUUCUAUGUGAACUGUUUGAUGAUGGGGAGGGUUGGGAAAAAAUAUUU